CCGCCAUAAAAUACUAUCACGAGACGUCACAUGAUAGAAAAUGGUGGCGACAAUGUCAAUGAAUAUGUUUUUAAAGUGUAUUAUGAAUCUUUUUGGAGCAAUGCUGAUUAUUUCUAUCGUAACAAAACCUACGAACUGUGACACUUGUCCAAAUGAUACGUUUUCCAAUUUUAAAGUUGGGAAUCUAUCAAAAUGUUACUGGUCAUUUACAUCCCAGAAAGAAGGAAUUGGUUGGAAUCGAUAUAGAAACUCUACUGUAAUAAUGGGAUUCUGUCAUGGACUGCAAACAAGUAUGGGAUGUGGAAAUACUUCUAGUAUAUGUGUGCAGACUUACAAUGGAACAGGAGCAAACGAAACCAAAAAUUACAGUGUAGGAAAAUUGAUACCUAACAAAAAUCCCUUUUCAACAAUAAAGGGCAAUAAAGGUACUGAUUUUAGAGCAAAUUUUUACGGUGGGUACAACUACACCAAGAAAGAUAAUAAAAGUGAAUGUGAGCUACAGUCAGAGGUGUAUUUCCAAUGCAAUAGAAAUAUGAAAUGGAAACCAGUAGAUGCUGGUAAAACAGCAUUACUGCCUGCUAACUAUAUAACUAAUGUUACAUUUAAUGAAAGUAAUUGCAAGUUUACUGUAUAUGUUCAGUAUGAAGGAGCAUGUACAGCCAUAGCACCACCACAACCAAUACCAGAAGAUAACAGUCUAAGUCUAGGGUCUAUCUUAAUUAUCAUAUUUGUAGCAGUUGUGUCAACCUACUUUUUAUUUGGCUGUACAUUUAAAUUUUGUUAUGGAUUCAGAGGCCCAGAAGUACUACCACAUUCAGAAUUUUGGAUAGAUUUACCUGUUCUGAUUACAGAUGGUAUUGCCUUUACCCUUAAAUGUGGCAAGACUGAUAUGGCCAGAAAUUACGAUGGUAUAUGAAAAAUGACAGAACACCAGAUCUAGAAAUUCAAUGGUAACCUACGAUGUAGAUGUACAAAUAACAGAUCAUUUGAUUUAAAGAAAAAUAGAAAAACGACCAUCAAAACAACAUCUUCUGUUAGAAACUAUUAACAGAAAAAGAUUUAGUGAGGGUAACCCCUUUAAAGUUGUGUGGCUUAUUUAUAAAUGCAAUUUUUAAUUCUAUUCAAAUAAUCCUUUUUUUUAUUUUAUUUGAUAGUGCAUUAAUUAACCAAUGGAAUAAAAUGAAAUAAUGUAAUAAAAAUAUUUAUAAGCUAACACUUUAUAUGCUUAAAAAUCAUUCUGUUGAGAACACUGGAAUAUAUAGAUAUUGUAUUUAAUUUUGUUGAACUUGAACAAGGGAUUAGAAACUAUUCUUGUAUGUACUGAUUAUAAUUGCCAGCAAAAAUGCUGUACUGAAAUGUUUUGUUUUCCCUAGUUUAAUACAACCACAGAUCUACUUACAGUAAGCAGUAAGGCAAAUUGUUGUAAGGUAGUUCAGAAAUAGUUUUCAGAGCAUUCUUGUGUCUCAAAAACCUGAUUUUCUUCGUAAAGAGUUAUCUACCCUUCAAGAUAAUACUUUUAUAGUGAUACAUUUGCUCUGUGUAACUUUUAUAGUGAUACUGUUGGUCUGUGUAACCACAGGAGGAUGAUAAUUUUGCUUCUGCCCAUUCUCAUUCUUUCAUUACUCUGCAAGUUUCUGACCUGAAGAAAAAAUUUAUUUCCAGGCUGAAUUUGUUUUUUAUUUGGUUUAUUCAAAUGUUCAAGUUAUGUGUUCAUGGUAUUUAAUUCUAAAAAGAGACCAUAGGUGGCCUUGAAUAUUUGUUGGCUGUUACCAAUAUGUUUAUUUCAUUCGUUGGGUUUUUGUGUUGUUUAUUUUGUGCAUUUAUUAAAGACUUGUGACCAAGUUACAAAGGGGAGGUAAUAUUGUGAACAUAUAAAAUAAAAUGUUGUCCAGUUUAGACAAUUUACUUGAGAGGGGGUAUUGACUUUAGGAAAAAUAUUAUAAGUUUUGAAUUGCAUGAAUUCCCCAACAACUAAUGACAAUAGUCUUGAAGCCUGAGCUAUAUGAUUUGUUCUUUGGAAUAUGUGUUGUCUCCCUUGAAUUGAGAAUAAUAAAUAUGUUUUUGAAAAAACAAUAUGUGUAUUCUUUAUUUUGUUAUUGCUGUGAGUAAUAACCUUGUGUUAACUUCAAAGUGAUCAUAAUGUUUAUUGUGUUCUCUGUUGUUUUAAACUAUAUAUUAUUAUGUUGUUAUAAAUCUCAUGUUGCUUACACAUGAUAAUGUUAUUCAAAUAUGCUUUAGUCAUAAAUGUGCUUAAAUGUCUUCUUCUUAUCUUGUCAUCUAGUGGUUAUUUGGUUGCCAUUUCAUGUAUGUAUUUUUUAUGAAUUCCUUUUAUUUUUAAGAUAUCUUGGUAAAGAUCCUAAACCAAAGUGAAAUAACACUGUCAUCUGCAAUUAUUUUAUCAUUUUAUUUGAAAACAAAAACAAUCAGAACUAAAAGUUAUUAGCAUGUAUCUAACAAUCUAUUAAUAUUUCAUUUAUUUUUAAAAUCAAGAUUAUAGCAAGAAUCAUAUUAUAACAAAAAAACAGUAUACCAAUUGCAAUUGCAUAAUAUUUAUACAUUUAAGCUUAUGUUUUUUCAAUGUUUAAAAAAAGUGUUUAGUACCAAAAUCAAUUAUAUGCAUUAUGGGGAAAAUUGCAAGCUCAUUCCAAUUUGAAAAACAGUUGGCUGAUAAUAAAUAUUCCUUUAUGAUUUAUUGACUUUUUGAAAUGUACAGAACCACAUCUCCUUAUUGCUUUUUUAAUAUGGUACUGGCAUCAAUAAAUUGGUAAAUAUAUUUUGAGUAGGCAUAGAAUGAAUCUCUUGCUUUGGAAAUAUUUUACAUUGAAUUCUGAUUAUUAAACAUUCCAAUUUCUUUCAUAAAUUCAAAUAAGCAAAUGUUACUUUUUAUGUUAUGAUUAUUUUUUUUUGCUACUAUCUCGUUUCUUAUUCUUUGUAUAUUGUUUAUUUUACUCACACAUUUAUAUAUAUGUUACUAUUAGUAUUUGAUAGUAAAAAAUCAGAAUUAUUCCAAACUGUUUGUCAUGGGUUUAAAAAACCUUCUUACUGAUUUAAUUGAGACAACUUUGCAUUGUUUUGUUAUUAUUAUUUUUCUUUCAUAUAAAUGUGUUGUAUUUUUAGCCUUAUCUAUGAAGCAAAUAAAUCAAAAAAUUACUUUUAUAUUUAAGAAAUAAUUCAUGGGGGCUUGAAUAUAUCGUUAUUUUACCACGGGUUGGCCCUUUAUGACAAAUAUUUUACCCUGAGCGAUAGCGAGGGGUAAAAUAUCGGCAUAAAGGGACAACCCGUGGUAAAAUCUAGAUAUAUUCAAGCCCCCAUGAAUUAUUUCGAUUCUAAUAGGACAAAUACGGCAAUUUUUUUGGAUCGAAGCGCUCUAGGUGGAGGCCAUUAUUUGCCGUUCCCAUAAAUUAACGCACUUUUAGAUUGGCGUAAAAGAACGGAGCAAACAGAAUAAGUGACAUGUUCAAACUAUUCACAAAACAUAUUAAGAUAGAUUUGAAUGAAUUCUAAUGAUAACUCACUUAUAUGUGAUCAUAUGUCGUCUAUGUAUAUAAAAAAAAAUGGGCUUAUACCACAUUUUAGCAUCGUUUGUUUACGUUUACUUGUUGUGAUGAUUUUUGGUAUCAAAAGCGUGUAUUUUCCCGUAAAAUGCUUAAAUGAUCUUAAAUCCUAACGUCAUCAUUCUAUGACGUCGGGUUCUUCAUUCAUAAAAAAACAUAUGACGUGGGAGUACGAUCAGAACAGCCAAUGCAAUAUAUUCAUAUUUUACCACGGGUGUGUACUCAAAGCGUUUGAAGGACGUCAUGUUAGAAUUUUGUUUAGAAAUUAGGCAGUUGUUUUUGAAAUUUGAAAUUUUCAUAAACUGUUGUUCUGAUUUAAUAAAAUUUGGGUUGCUAUUUGAAGCCUUAUGAAAAGAUAUUUAAGAAUACAUUUUGAGAUAUAAGAUACAUCAAGUCGAUACUAAUCAGUAUUUUAUUUUAUUGUAUAUAUGUCUAUCUAUAAGUAGAAUUAAACUCAAGAGUAAACUCAUCAGAAACAGUUUCAACUCUCCUGAAGUGCAUAGUAAUGUAUAUUGAUAUAUAUUUGUUUUUUCUGUUUUUAUUUAUACACUAUAUAUACAUACAAAAUUUUAUUUUGAAUAAAUAAAUGAAUGCUUUA